AAAGGCGUGGUUCAGAUCCUAGAGAGAGAAAUUAACAGCUCUAUUUUCCAUGGCGAUUUAGUCAAGAAUUUCUUCGAUUUUGGGUUCUCUGUUAGCUGUAAACCGCUAUUUCCUUUGUUGAAAUCGUUCCCAAAGCAAACAAGACUUGAAAUCAAGACCUAUUUCAUCUCUUAUUUCUGAUCUGCAUAAUAAUAUCCAUCUCCUGUAAGGAAGACGAAGCCAAAAUGAUGCAGAUGGACAGGAGACCUUAUAUGGAUGAGUUUGAAAAGCUACUUGUGCGAAUGAACACUCCAAGGGUCAUGAUCGACAAUGCCGGUUGUGUAAACGCAACCCCUAGUCAUGGUAAGUUUGAAUUCUUAGAGUUGACCAAUUUCCAUAUUAAAUCAAUUUACAAUUUGACAAUUAAACUAAUCCUUUUUUUUUAAUAAUCUUUAGAUCGAUAGUGCCAGAAAAGAUAGAAUUCUUCUAGAGGCUGUUCAAGUGCUUACAGAUUUGAAUCUUCUAAUUAAAAAAGGCUAUGUCUCAUCCGAUGGAAGGUGGAACAUGGAUGUUUUUCAUGUAACCGAUUUGGGUGGUAACAAAUUGACGGACAACAACAUCAUCAAUUGCAUUCAACAUGUAAUUUACUUUUUUCCUUUUUACCCUUUUCUUUAAGAUUUAUUUCUUAUUUAAAAAUAUUUAAGUUUACCAUAAUUGUAUUUCUUUUCACAGUCACUCGGUACAUUCGCAACACAAGAUCCAAAUCGAUCGAUGGAAUGACAGCAAUCGAGUUAACCGGGACCGACCGAGUCGGCCUUCUAUCCGAAGUUUUUGCGGUUCUUUCGGAACUCAAAUGUGAUGUGGUUGAAUCCAAAGUAUGGACACACAAUGGCCGGAUCGCGGCUCUCAUUUACUUAAAAGAUUGUGAUUCCGGAUGCUCGAUUGAAGAUUCUCACAAAAUUGAGAAAAUCGAAGCGAGGUUAAGAAACGUACUUAAAGGCGAUAACGAUAUCCGCAGUGCAAAAACUUCGGUUUCAAUGGCAAUCACUCACACUGAGAGACGCCUACACCAAAUGAUGUUUGCAGACCGCGAUUACGAGCGGUCUGCAAACAUAAAAACCAGUGGCGAAGAUCAUUCGCCACUGGUUUCUGUUCAAAACUGUUUGGAGAAAGGAUACUCGGUUCUAAACAUUCAGUGCAAAGAUCGCCCCAAGCUUUUAUUCGAUGUUCUUUGCACUUUAACCGAUAUGCAAUAUGUCGUGUUUCACGCAACCAUUAACACCACAGAAAACGGAGCAUAUUUGGAAUUCUUUAUUAGACAUACGGAUGGAACCCCGAUUAGUUCCGAAGCCGAAAAGCAAACGCGUGACUCUUUGCUUGCAAGCCGCCAUUGAGAGAAGAGCAUCCGAGGGUGUAAGGCUUGAGCUAUGUACGACGGAUAGACCGGGGCUAUUAGCAGAAGUGACACGAACAUUUAGAGAAAACGCGUUAAAUGUGACAAGAGCCGAAAUAUCAACAACAAUGGGAACGGCUUUAAACAUAUUUUAUGUGACGGAUGCACUUGGGAAUGACGUGGAUUCAAGAAUGAUAGAAUCGGUCCGACAAGGAAUCGGGUCGGAUUGCCUAAGGGUAAAGGAACUACCAUUUAGGAAUCAACAAAAAGGAGAGAAUGAAGAACAACAUGGAGGUGGAAGUGGACUUGGUGGGGCGGUUUUGUUGUCACUUGGGAGUUUAGUUAAAAAGAAUCUUUAUAAUUUAGGGCUGAUAAAGUCGUAUUCUUGAGAAUUUUAAAAAAAAAAUUUGUGUUUUGUACAUAAGAGAUGAAAGAAAUAUUAUUGGUGAAGGUUGGUGAUUAGUAGGUGGACACAUACAUAUGUUAGGUUUGGGUUGAUGAAAUGAAAGGGGGCCACAUUACACACAGAUAGAAGAAGGGGAAAUGGAUUGAUGGGUAAUUAUUAUUUAGGUAGGUGAUUGGUUUACACUUGCAUCCAUUUGUUCCC